GACGUAGCUACGCUUGCGUAUUUUGAAACGAGUGUUUACGCAAAUGUAUUAGAGUGUCAAGAUGGUGAAAAUUGGGCUGCAGUUCAAAGCCACUUUGGAAAAUAUCACAAAUGUGCGGCCAGAAGGUGAAGACUUCCGCUGGUUUCUAAAGUUAAAAUGUGCCAAUUGUGGUGAGAUCCCAGAGAAAUGGCAGUAUAUCAACCUUAUGGACAGUGUACCACUUAAAGGAGGAAGAGGGAGUGCCAGCAUGGUCCAGAAGUGUAAACUCUGUGCCAGGGAGAAUUCUAUUGAUAUCAUGAGAGACACAAUCACCCCGUACAACGUGAGUACAGUACUUAUUGUGAAGCUUACCUCUCAGUUGAUCCUUGGCUUGACUGCAAUUGAAGCCACUCACACCUUCUUGUCUCUUCCUCGUGGUGGUGCUGCUGCUGUGAAGGCUGAGGAUAGUGAGAGGUUUAAGACCAUGGUGCAGUUUGAGUGUCGAGGCCUGGAGCCGGUAGACUUCCAACCACAAGCGGGCUUUGCUGCAGAGGGAGCUGAGUCGGGGACCAAGUUUCCUGAAAUCACCCUACUGGAAAAAGACUGGACAGACUAUGACGAGAAGGCCAGUGAGUCAGUGGGCAUCUAUGAGGUCACACACCAGUUCAUCAAGUGUUGAGUUACGGUCAAGCGCUUUGUACGACCAGCUAGCCCAGGUGACGGGAUGUAAACACACUGGCCAGAUAUCCACUCAUCCACUGACUGAAAUGGCUGUCGGUGUCAGACACAUCCAAUGCUAAUGCAGUGCUGUUGACAGUUAUAAUGCAGUGCUGUUUGGUUUAUGACAAGCAAGAAGCAUUUGAGGAUUGAUUGAAUGAGAUAUGUGACCAUGCCUUUCCUUUUGUCACUACCCCAAUAAAGAUCAUGAAUAAAAUAAAAUAAA